CGCCACCCCCUUGGGCAGCGCCAGCUGCUCCAGCUGCUCUGGGUCGAGCGCCGGCGCCCCAAGCUGUGGCUGCCGCGGGCGGUGGGCGGGCGGAGGGCAGCACCGGACCUCCCAGAGCAGGGGGCCGGCCCCGGGGCGGUUGCCGCGGGAAGCCGAGGUGCGAGGGAGCGGCGGAGGGACCCCCCGCAGCCAGGAGGCGAGGACCCGGGCUGGGCUGGGCUCUCUGCAGCCCGGUAUCUUCCUAUCUCAUAAUUUCAGUGUCCUGCAAUCUGAAGAUUCCACCAAGAUAAUAUGAUAGGAACUUUGAGUGAAUUGAAGCCAUAUCCUACUUAGACUAAUGUGAGCCUCCCAGAUUUCCUAUGACUGCUUGUUAACUGGCACAGGCAAUAAUGCCAUCUCUGCCUCAAGAAAGAGUUAUUCAGGGACCCUCUCCCCUGGAUCUGAAUACAGAAUUGCCGUAUCAAAACACAAUGAAAAGGAAAGUUAGAAAGAAGAAAAAGAAGGGAACCAUUACAGCAAAUGUUGCCGGGACAAAGUUUGAAAUUGUGCGUUUAGUAAUAGAUGAAAUGGGUUUUAUGAAAACUCCAGAUGAGGAUGAAACAAGUAACCUUAUCUGGUGUGAUUCUGCUGUUCAGCAGGAGAAGAUUGCAGAGCUGCAAAAUUACCAGAGGAUCAACCAUUUUCCAGGAAUGGGGGAGAUCUGUAGGAAGGAUUUCCUAGCAAGAAAUAUGACCAAAAUGAUCAAGUCCCGGCCUCUGGAUUAUACCUUUGUUCCUCGAACAUGGAUCUUCCCUGCUGAAUAUACACAAUUCCAGAACUAUAUGAAAGAAUUAAAGAAAAAAAGAAAGCAGAAAACUUUUAUAGUAAAACCAGCUAAUGGUGCAAUGGGUCAUGGGAUUUCUUUGAUAAGAAAUGGUGACAAACUUCCAUCUCAGGAUCAUUUGAUUGUUCAAGAAUACAUUGAAAAGCCUUUCCUAAUGGAGGGUUAUAAGUUUGAUUUACGAAUUUAUAUUCUGGUAACAUCGUGUGAUCCACUAAAAAUAUUUCUAUACCAUGAUGGACUUGUGCGAAUGGGAACAGAGAAGUACAUUCCACCUAAUGAGUCCAAUUUGACCCAGUUAUACAUGCAUCUGACAAACUACUCUGUGAACAAGCACAACGAGCAUUUCGAAAGGGAUGAAACUGAAAACAAAGGCAGCAAACGUUCCAUCAAAUGGUUUACAGAAUUCCUACAAGCAAAUCAGCAUGAUGUUGCUAAGUUUUGGAGUGAUAUUUCAGAAUUGGUGGUAAAGACCCUGAUUGUAGCAGAACCUCACGUCCUGCAUGCAUAUCGAAUGUGCAGACCUGGUCAGCCUCCGGGAAGUGAAAGUGUCUGCUUCGAAGUGCUGGGGUUUGAUAUUUUGUUGGAUAGAAAACUAAAGCCAUGGCUUUUGGAGAUCAAUCGAGCCCCAAGCUUUGGAACUGACCAGAAAAUAGACUAUGAUGUAAAAAAGGGAGUGCUGCUAAAUGCGCUGAAACUGCUAAAUAUAAGGACCAGUGAUAAAAGGAGAAACUUGGCUAAACAAAAAGCUGAGGCUCAAAGGAGGCUCUAUGGUCAAAAUUCAAUAAAAAGGCUUUUACCGGGCUCCUCAGACUGGGAACAGCAGAGACACCAGUUGGAAAGGCGGAAAGAAGAGUUGAAAGAGAGACUUGCUCAGGUACGGAAGCAGAUCUCAAAAGAAGAACAUGAAAAUCGACACAUGGGAAAUUAUAGACGCAUUUAUCCUCCUGAAGAUAAAACGCUGCUUGAAAAGUAUGAAAAUUUGUUGGCUGUUGCUUUUCAGACCUUCCUUUCAGGAAGAGCAGCUUCAUUCCAGCGAGAGCUCAAUAAUCCUUUGAAAAAGAUGAAGGAGGAAGAUAUUUUGGAUCUUCUGGAGCAAUGUGAAAUUGAUGAUGAAAAGCUGAUGGGCAAAACUGCCAAGCCUCGAGGACUGAAGCCUCUGUCUUCCAUGCCUGAGAGCAGUGAGAUGAUGAAAAGACAGAAGUACUAUAGCAGUGACAGCAGCUAUGGUAGCAGCAGCAGCUCUUCAGAAUCAGAAGACAAUGGAAAGGAAGAGUACCAAAACAAGAAAAGAGAAAAGCAAGUUACAUAUAAUCUUAAACAGUCCAACCACUACAAAUUAAUCCAACAGUCCAGCUCCAUAAGGCGUUCAGUCAGUUGCCCUCGGUCCAUCUCAUCUCAGUCACCAUCCAGUGUGGACAACCGCCCCUUUUCUGCUCAACAAAUGAUAUCAGCAUCCCGGCCAACAUCAGGGUCUCGGUCACAUUCUUUAAACCGUGCUUCUUCCUACACGAGGCAUAUGCCUCACAGUAAUGAUGCCAGCUCCACUAGCUCUCCCAUGUGUGAGUCUUUGCGGCAACUGAGAACAAAAGAACAAGAAGAUGAUCUAACAAGUCAGACCUUAUUUGUUCUCAAGGACAUGAAGAUCCGGUUUCCAGGAAAAUCAGAUGCAGAAUCAUUACUUCUGAUAGAGGAUAUCAUUGAUAACUGGAAGUAUCAUAAAACAAAAGUGGCUUCAUAUUGGCUUAUAAAAUUGGACUCUGUGAAACAACGAAAAGUUUUGGACAUAGUAAAAACAAGUAUCCGUACAGUUCUUCCACGCAUCUGGAAGGUACCUGAUGUCGAGGAAGUAAAUUUAUAUCGGAUUUUCAAUCGGGUUUUCAAUCGCUUGCUCUGGAGUCAUGGCCAAGGACUAUGGAACUGUUUCUGUGACUCAGGAUCCUCUUGGGAGAGUAUUUUCAGUAAAAGCCCGGAGGUGGUGACUCCUUUGCAGCUCCAGUGUUGCCAGCGCCUGGUGGAGCUUUGUAAACAGUGCCUGCUAGUGGUUUACAAAUAUGCAGCUGAUUCAAGAGGAUCACUCUCAGGCAUUGGUACCGAUUGGGGUAAUUCCAGGUAUUUACUACCAGGAAGUACACAAUUCUUCUUGAGAACACCAACAUACAACUUGAAAUACAGUUCACCUGGAAUGGCUCGCUCCAAUGUGUUGUUUACAUCCCGAUAUGGCCAUUUGUGAAACAGAAGGGAAGAUUGCAAUGGCUAUUUCCAGUAAAUCGAGAAAUGGGCCCAAAGCAGAAGGAGAACUGAAAGAGGCAAAGUGGCCUGCUUUAAUUCACAAGCUGGAUAACUGGCAAGCCAAAGUUGUAAGUUAGAUACAUUUUACAUUUAAAGCCAUGUUCUGCAGUUGUAUUGGGAUAAAAUAGAUUCUUCCCUAAAUUACCUCCAGCUACUUGAUUCUUUAUGAAUAUGGGAGUAUCCUUACUCUAAUGGAUACUUUUCCUUGCUAAUUGCAUCCCAAAGAAGAGUUUGUUAUUACCUUUGUAGAGAAAGAGAGUAAGGAUGUUAGGAUGAAGGAAAUUACACUGUAGCUCUGAGUGUUUAUGAUAUCAUCUUGUGAAUUCUUAAGUAUGUUUAGAAUUUUUUGAUAAAUAAUGCAAAUAGUUGGGGUAUUAACAAAAUCGUUAUAAAAAUGAUCAGUGAGUAGGCCUUUUCUUGGAGCAAUUUUAGUCAUUUUUCUUUUAAAUUCAUGAAUGAGACAGAAUUUAAAGUGUCUGCUAUAUGAUAUUGACCCAGUUUGUUGACCACUCACUUGCAUUUGCUUAUCAAAGUGAUGACUUAAUUUGCUAGAGUGAAUAUUUUGAAAAUUCUUUUCUUGGUUGUACAAAAGUGAAAUUUUAGUUCAAAUCAAAAAAAAAAAUGUCCAAUAUACUUCCCCUUCGAGGGAAAAAAACAUACAAAAAAAGAGUAAAUUUAAAUGAUUUAAAUGUAUGAAACUACCCAGUUACCAUAUGAGCAAACUUCAUUCUUCUAGCUACUUAGGCCUGGCUUUUUUUGAGUACUAGAAUUUUAUUUUCCCCCACUUGCCUAUUUAUACUGAUCUAGUCUGAUAUGAUGAAGUUGUGAAUAAAAGUCCUGUACUCAUUAUUUAUGUAUACUACCUGGUAUGCUGUGGAUUAUGGUUGUGGUGAUGCUUAUUCCCUAAUGAGAAACUAAGAAGAGAAGAUACGGUAAUAAACCGUGGAAGUCUCUAGAGGCCAUAGAAAUGUUUUAGAGGUAUAAAAUAUUCCUUAGUUUUUAUUAUAAAUUUUUUAUUCAUAGAGUUAAAAGCUAUCAGUAUAAGUGAUAGUCUGACUUUCUCUUCCAGGAGGGAAAUAACUUUAUCUGAAAAACUCCAGAAGCUAUUCAAUCUUACCAGGAGAUUUUAAUAGGGAGUUUGGUUUACUUACAGUGAAAGCACAUUUUCAUUCUGUUACACCCUGCUCAUUCUGUAACUAAUGCUUUCCAGAACUGCAUAUGAUUAUAAUGAUUUCCAGAAUUGUAUAAAAAGUAAUCUUUUAAUGUUUAAGUUAUCAUUUAUGAACAUAGCAUGAUAUUACAGCUUAGUUUUUGCUUUAAUAAUCCAACAUUGUAAAUGUUACCAUUUGCUUUCUGUAUUCUGUUGAAGGAGCUAUUGUGACUCAUAUUAUGAUUAUUAGCAACAAAUUUUACUUUACCUUGCAUGUGUAAAAAUGAAAUUAUAACAGGAUAAAAUAUAGAAAUGGCAAUGGUUGUCUCUGUCAGAUGCAAAGAUCUGUACAUAUUUUUUCAUAUAUCUCAACUAGGUCUAAAUAUUCAAAACUUGUCUAUUAAUUCCUUUACCCCAAACUAAAAUGAACUAAACUCAAGCAAAAAGCCCCAAUCUUCUCAUCUAAUGUUUACACAGAGCUAGAUGACAGUGGCUUCUAGACAUCAAGAAAAGGAUUUCAUUCUAAUUCUGUUUUUAAUGAUUAUAGAAUUUUGUUAUGUAACUCAAAAUUUCACAUCUUAAUAUAAAUUAAGCCAAAUGCUUUCUUUCUUCUUUAGCAUGUCAAAGUCAUUCCAUUAAAAAAUUCUCUUUAAACCUAAACAUCUAUAUUACUUGACUUUUCAAAAGUACCAAAAAAUUUGCAUAAAAUCUAUUAUUUCUAGUUUUCUAUAAAGCACUAUUUUUUUCUAAAAUGUAUAUU